AUGGCGCUGGUGCCCAGGGGAUCGUCGUGUCGGCUUCUCCCGGGGUGCAGAGCAGUGGUGCGCUACGGCGGGGACGACCUCUGGCACGAGCGGAUCCUGCUGUACCCAGCGGCCAGUGAGGCCUCAGGCGCGGGGCUCCCAGGAGUGUGCUGGGUGGUGUACACUCCCGAUCACGAUAUGUACAUCGAGGAGCUUGAGGGAGGCUCGCCCGACGACAGUCCCGUGGAGUGGCUGGAGAUGCCGCGCGACCUGCGGCUGCCCAGUGGGCUUGGACGGGCGUAUCGCUUCGAGGAGGUCCCGACGGAGGAGGUUAUGAAGGGCCUCUACCGCCGGGCCUACUCGGCCGCCCAGGCCGACGCCGAGGCGCGCGGGGUGCUCCUGGAGACGCCGGUGGCGGUGCGAACGGCCGCAGGCAGGGAUGUGGCAGUGCAGGAGGCCCUCGGGGCCAACUUCUUCGGCGGUCGACGGAUGACAGGCAAGAGGCCGCUUCUGGGUUUGGACCUCGGAGGAGACCACGGAGGCCCCUCUGGACCGGCAGCGGCGGCCGCGGAGGGCGUUGGCGACAGCGGCGCCCCGGGGGCCGCGGUUGAGGGCACUAGCACGCCACGCUCGAGCGGCCGCGUGUGGCGAGCAGCCGAGGCUGACGAGCGCUGCCGCAUCGCGCUGGGCGACGAGUUGGGGCCUCCUGCUCACUCGCUCUGUGGCAAGGGGUUGUUCCUGGCGGCUCCUGGGCGGGCCGUGGUGGUGCACCUGACAGGCCUCGACCAGGACUCCUUCGUGAUGAGCCUACGGGUUGGCGAAGGGCAACCAUUGAGAGCUGGCGCCGAGAGCGGAGGAGGAGGAGACGCUCGAACCUUGGCGGUGAAGAAUGGGCCGCGGGGCCGAGGCCGAGAGUGGCGUGAGGUCGUGGACGCCUGUGAGGAGGAGCCGUUCGGCGACUUCCCAGUGGCGGGGCCUCGCUCUGCUUGGUGGUGCCUGGACUUCUUGCGGCGUCGGCACACCCCCACGGAUCACCACCUGAUGUUCAAGACGACCGCGCGGCUCCAGUCGGAGCAGUGGGGGGUGCAGGAGCACGAGCAGCUCAUGAAGUACAUCGAGCUGGCUGGCACCUACGACCAGCUGGACCUCAGCAACUGUGCCUUCGCCGAGGCCAUCUUUCGGCGGGCGCAGACUAUCGAGUGGAGCUACCACGAUCGGCUGCGGGAGGCCGACUCAGCCAGCUCCAAGGACAAGAUGAGUCCUGAGGAGUUCUCGGCCUUCAGCGGCUUCAGCAAGGCGGGGGACCUGCUGAUGGUGGCCCCCGCGCUCCUCGAGUUUGUGAAGGGCCAGGUCGAGAAGGAUGCCGCGAUCAUGAAAAACAUCAGGAAGGGCGUGGUGAACCGCUCGGUACGGCGGCGGCUGCUUCGGCGAGACGCUCAUGUGGCUGAAGCCAACCGCGCCCUCGGGGCCCUCAAUGAUCUGGCUGGUCGGCUCGGGGCGCCUGGCGCUCCGGGCCUGGCGGAGCGGCUGCCCCAUCGCCUGGUACAUGAGCGUGUUCGUCAUGCUGCUGCUGCGCUGGGUCCCCCGCCACCUGGCCUCACUCCCGCCGGAGCCCUGCGUGAGCUCCGCGGUGCUGGCGUGCACGAGGACAUCGACUCGCCAGUCGUUAGCUUCGACGACUCCCUCGUCUCGCUGCCUGAGGCCGGCAACGUUCCUGUGCCGCUCGGGGAGCUGGUGGCAGGCGUGGGCGAUAUUGAUGUCGAAGCAGCAAUACACGAGCAGCUCCUUCCACGCAAGGAUGCGGAGUCCAACCUCUCCGAGGCUCCGCGGCAGCCGUACAUGGAUGCUAUUCUACGAGCUCAGCCACGUGCUUAUGCUGGGCUGGUGCGGCGUUUGCAUACGGCGGGAAUGGUGACCUUCUCAGCCGCGCCGCGAGAGAAGUGCGGCCUCUUCUUUGUGCGUAAGAAGUCUGGCAAGCAGCGCAUGGUGAUAGACUGCCGGCGGGCCAACUGCUGGUUCAGGAGGCCUUCGACAGUCGCGCUGGCGACAGGCUCAGCACUGGGAGAGCUGGCCGUGCCGGAGGGCGAGCAGCUAUACGUCGGUCACGUGGACAUCUGCGACGCCUUCUAUCACUUCGGGCUGCCUGAGGCUUUCCGUGAGUACUUCGCGCUGCCGGCGGUGAAGGCAGGUGAUGUGGGGCUGACUGUCCUGGGCGGAAGGUCUCUCGCGCCUGGCAGUCGUGUGUGGCCAGUCCUUGCGGUGUUACCCAUGGGCUGGUCGCAUGCGCUGUACUGGUGCCAGACCAUUCACCGCGGGAUCGUGAGCUCCAUCCCCGCGCUGCACGACGUUCCGUUCAUCUCGGACAAGAGUGUAGUGCCGCCAGUGCAGCCGCUGGCGAUGACUAUCUAUGUGGAUAAUUUUCUUGCCUUGGGUACGGAUCCCGAGGCCGUCUCGCGCGCAGUAAAGCUUGUCAACGCCGCCUUGACGUCCAGGGGUUUACCCACCCAUGAAGUAUGUAUGUGUGAUCACGAUGCCGACAUCCUGGGGUGGGAGAUUCGAGGGCGAGAGAGAGAGAUUCGACCUAAGAGGUCAAGGCUGUGGAGACUUCGCCUGGCGCUCGAUUGUUUGACAAGCAAGGCCGUCGUGAGUCCCAAAGAAGUUGAGAGGGUGUUAGGCCAUUGUACUUUUGUGGCACUUCUUUGUCGUGAGCAUUUGUCGAUCUUCAGGUCCGUCUAUACUUUCAUUCGGCGGCUGGGCCACUGUGCCGCGGUCCCUCUGUGGGAGUCCGUCCGAUGGGAGCUCAGUACGUUCUCGAGUUUGCUGUGUCUGAUUUCCAGGAAGCUGCAGGUGUCAUGGAGUUCCAAGGUGAUGUGCACCGACGCGUCCUUUUGGGGCUUCGGACUGGUCUGCAAGGACCUCGACAAGGACCUCGUGGGCUCGAUGGGCUGUUUCUCAGAACGAUGGCGUUUCUUGGGCGACAACAAGGCGCUCUCCCGGGCCUGGGCUGCAGGCUCCAGUGAGGACGAGAUCAUCACGAAGCCCCUAGAGAGCUCCAAGGACUUCCAGAAGUUCGUGGGGGAUGAGGAGGCUAGCAAGGAGGCCCGCACGCGGGCCGCUGGACGUCUACCCGAGGCGGUUCGAGAGGAAGGUUGGGCUGUCGUAGGGUCGCACAAGUGGGGAUCCCCGCCUGACAACAUCGUGGAGGGGGAGGCCAGGGCCAUCGCGUUCGGGGUUAAGCACAUCUGCAGAUCCACGAAGGCCUUUGAGAGCCACCACCUCCUGCUCUCCGACUCGCUCUCGUCUGUCUUGGCUCUGGGCAAGGGCCGAUCCUCGGCCCCCGGCGUCAGCGGCGCCCUGCGCUCUGUGGCAGCUCAUGUUGCGGCGACGGGACUCCGGCUCAGUGCCCGCUGGCUGCCUAGCGAGUGGAACUUCGCCGACGGUCCUUCGCGAGGGCUGCGGCACGCUGGAUACGCUCGCGGUGGAGUCGGCCAGGCUGGAGCGUCGCCAGGCGACGGCCCCGGAGGGAGAGGCCCGCUCGGUCCCGAGGACCCGCCCGGUGCCGCCAAGCCGGGCGACGUCAGCGCCCUCGCUUCGGAGGCGCGGGCUCCGCCUGCGGCCGACAAGGUGAAGCGGAGGAAGCUGGCCCGGCGCGGAGCCAAGCUGGCCGACGCGGGGACGCUGGACGUGCUGCGGCUGAGCACGGUGCGGACACAGACAGUGAGGUCGAGGUACCAGCAGCUGGCCGCCGAGUUCGACGAGUGGCUGGUGGAGCAAGGGUUACCUGCGCGGCCAACGUUCUCCCUCGACGAGCGGAGGAUGAUCCCGCUGGCGCCCGAGGCCGCCGCCGCGCUGGACUGCAGCCUUGCGGAGUGGAUGCUGGGGCAGUACCUGGAGGGCGUCGAUCACUGGCGCGGGGUGCAGAUGCUGGCCGCCCUGCAGUGGAGCGACCCGCGUCUCGGCCGCGACGGCGGUGCUCGUCUGCCCGGGGCCAGGCAGUCGCUCCGAGGCUGGAAGGUGCUGACGCCGCCGUUGACGAAGCUGCCGCUCCCCGAGGAGGUCGUUGCCGCCCUGGCUUGCGAGCUGGUCAGCAUGGGCCUAUGGGAGGCGGCGGCGUGCGUGGUCCUGUCGAUGAUGUUCUACAUGCGACCAGGAGAGUGGGGCCGCGUGCGAGUCAAGCACGCGAUCGCGCCUCGCGCCUCGGGAAGCCAGGUCCUGCGGCAGUGGGCCCUGGUGCUGCACCCGCACGACGGCGAGGAGGCGCGGCCCAGCAAGACGGCGGAGUUCGACGAGAGUCUCGUGCUGGACCUCACCUGCGACCUGUGGCUGGGCGGCGUGCUGCGGAGACUGACCGCUGCGAAGCCGCCGGACGCCGCGCUGCUCAGCUUCUCGGUAGAGCAAUUCGCCGAGAUCUUCAGACGCGCGGCCCGCCGCCUCGGCCUAGAGCCCGCGCCGAUGCCCUACCUUCUCAGGCACGCCGGCGCCAGCCGAGACUUCGUCAACGGACUCAGGCCGUUGAGCGAGCACGCGCUCCGCUGCCACAGCGUGCUCCCCGAGGUUCUCUUAGGGAGGCUCGCUGCCCCGCCGUUCCUGGCCCGCUAG